AUGGAUGCGGAGUUACUGAAGCGUGAAUCUGACGAGAGGCGACCUCCCGUGGUGGUGCGGAGGCGCUCCACGGGGUCUCAACGCCCCAUCCCGGGAGUGAACGUGCACCUGCUGUGGGUGGACUUCACGGGGGAGGUGCCGCCAUGGGCCGUGUCAAUCUGGAACGACUACAUCGGCAAGACGGUCUACGUGUGCCGGGUCUACUUCUCCAAUCGCUCGGGCUCUGGGUACCACAUCAAGGGGAAGAGCGUGUGCUUGUGGCCGUAUGGCGAGAAGGAGUUGGCGGAGACGACCUUCGAGAUCCUCACCAAUGACAACGACCUCGAGAUUCUGGAGUGGCGCAGGGACUCGUACGGACAGGUGCCUUCCAACGCGCUCGCCACCUUCCCCGGCCUCCACAUCGGCCGCAACAGGUACGGCCUGGGCAAGGUGUGCGUGGAAAACCAGGCGUUCUUUGUAUCGUGCAAUGGCUACGAGUACUGGUACAAGAGGUACGAGGUGCUCACCAUGAGCACGCAGCAGUUCUCGCAGAGCAUUACCGACGUGCACUACGACGUCGCCAGCGCCAAGGUUCGCAGCUCGCGGCCGCAGUCCAUUCAGACGGUAACCACGGAGAACCUGAGCUGCGAGAAGGUCACCAAGACGGCCGAGCUCGCCACGUCGCUGAGCCGCCAAAUGGACUGGCGCCUCGAAAGCAGCAUGACGUUCGGAGAGGAAACGUCCAUCACGGCCGGCAUCCCCGACGCCUCCAGCAUGUCGUUGACGGUGACGGCCGAGACGACGCACACGAUCAGCGAGGGCAAGUCCGUGAGCGAGACCAUCAAAUUCCAUAACUCGGUGACCAUCCCCGUGCCAUCCCUGCACCGCUGCACCGCGAGCAUCGUGGGAGUCCAAAGCGAGGUGUCGGUGCCGUACAGCGCCACCGUCACCAGGGUCUACGAGACGGGCGCUAGGCGUGGCGGGCCCAUCGCGGGCAUCUACUACGGGGUCACGUGGUCUGACGUGAAGAUCGUGGUGAGCAGGUGCGAUCUCAUUGCCGACGCCAAGCCCUGCUGA